ACAUCUGCACGGACGCGGCGCAUCUGCUUGGAGGAGAACUGCGGCCGGGGUCGCCCCCCGUCGGCGCGCGCGCCCAGCCAGGCUGCCGGCAGACACGCGCUCCGCCGCCGCCCCCCCACGCCGCCGCCCCCGGCUCCCCAAGGGUCCUGCAUCCGGAAACCGAGCCUGGCGACCCUGUGCGACCCCCUGCACGCCCCAUGCCGGCCCUCCUGCUCCUCGUACUCCUGGCCUCUAGCGCCGGCCAGGCCGGGGCGCGCCCGUCCAACGCCACGAGCGCCGAGCCCCCGGGCCCGCUGCCCGCCCUGCUGGCGCACCUGCGGCGCCUGACCGGGGCGCUGACGGGCGGCGGGGGCGCGGCGAGCCCGGGCGCCAACGGCACCAGGACCGGCUCCGCGGGCGGGGCGGGCGCGGCGGCCCGGGCGCCCCCUCCCGCGGAGCUCUGCCACGGCUACUACGAUGUCAUGGGCCAGUACGACGCCACGUUCAACUGCAGCACCGGCUCCUACCGCUUCUGCUGCGGCACCUGCCACUACCGCUUCUGCUGCGAGCACCGCCACAUGCGCCUGGCGCAGGCCUCCUGCUCCAACUACGACACGCCGCGCUGGGCCACCACGCCGCCGCCGCUAGCCGGGGGCGCUGGGGGCGCUGGGGGUGCGGGCGGGGGACCAGGCCCCGGCCAGGCCGGGUGGCUGGAAGGGGGCCGGGCGGGGGGGGCCGGAGGCCGCGGGGGCGAGGGCCCCGGGGGCAGCACAGCCUACGUCGUGUGCGGGGUCAUCAGCUUCGCCCUGGCCGUGGGCGUCGGCGCCAAAGUGGCCUUCAGCAAGGCGUCCCGGGCCCCGCGGGCGCACCGGGAGAUCAACGUGCCCAGAGCUCUGGUGGACAUUCUGAGGCAUCAGGCGGGGCCUGGGACCCGUCCGGACCGGGCCCGAAGCAGCUCCCUGACCCCUGGGAUCGGUGGCCCCGACAGCAUGCCCCCCAGGACGCCCAAGAACCUCUACAACACCGUGAAGACCCCCAACCUCGAUAACCUGCACCACAACUACCUGCACCUCAACGUCAACAGCCCCAAGCACCACGACGCCACACUGGACUGGCGAGCCUUGCCGCCGCCCAGCCCCUCCUUGCACUACUCCACGCUGUCCUGCUCUCGGUCCUUCCACAACCUCUCGCAUCUGCCCCCGUCCUACGAGGCUGCCGUGAAGUCCGAGCUGAAUCGCUACUCCUCCCUCAAGAGGCUGGCCGAGAAGGAUCUGGACGAGGCCUACCUCAAGCGCCGGCCCCUGGAGUUGCCCCGCGGCACGCUGCCCUUGCACGCACUGCGGCGGCCGGGCACGGGGGGCGGCUACCGCAUGGAUGCCUGGGGCGGCCCCGAGGAGCUGGGCCUGGCGCCGGCGCCCAACCCACGGCGGGUCAUGUCCCAGGAGCACCUGCUGGGAGACGCCGGCCGCUCGCGCUACGAGUUCACGCUGCCGCGCGCGCGCCUCGUGUCGCAGGAGCACCUGCUGCUGUCUUCGCCCGAGGCCCUGCGCCAGAGCCGCGAGCACCUGCUGUCGCCCCCGCGCAGCCCCGCGCUGCCCCCAGACCCCACCGCGCGGGCCAGCCUGGCCGCCUCUCACUCCAACCUGCUGCUGGGGCCUGGAGGACCCCCAACGCCGCUGCGUGGGCUGCCGCCACCGUCCAGCCUGCACGCCCACCACCACCACGCCCUGCACGGCUCUCCGCAGCCCGCCUGGAUGUCCGACGCCGGCGGGGGCGGGGGCACGCUGGCCCGCAGGCCGCCCUUCCAGCGCCAGGGCACGCUGGAGCAGCUGCAGUUCAUCCCGGGCCACCACCUGCCGCAGCACCUGCGCACCGCCAGCAAGAACGAGGUGACUGUCUGAGGCCAGGGCCGGGGCUGGGGGGCUUCCCGGGCCCCCGUCCCAGCCUGGAUCCCCCGACACAGGCGCGCACACGCCGGGAGCCUGGGGCCUGGAAAGGCCCUUGGACAGGAGUCAAAGCCUCCUUCCCGGACGUCCUGGCAGACAAGAUUCCUCCUCCUAUUACGUCACUGCUUGAGCCAAGGCCUCGUUCCCAUGAUGUCAUCCCAGAGGAAGAGGCCGGCCCAUGAGGUCAUCGCUGGAGGCCAUGUCCAUGUUCUACGAUGUCCUCAGAGGCUUCCUUCUUGUGGUGUAGUAACAGAGAAGACGCCUUGUCCCAUGACAUUCGUUCCUGUGACGUCACUGCAGAGACAAUCUCACCUGGAUGACGCCAUCUCUAACUCCAAGGCCUCUUUUGACAUCAUCGCCAUGGGGAAGAUAUUUUCUCCCUGUGUCUUUGCAGCAGAGAAGGUGCCUCUGUCCUGUGACGUCAUCAUUACAGACAAAGCCAUCUUCCUGGGACACACCGCAGGGGAAAAUGCCUCACUAAUUGUGUACUCACUAGACAUAAGGCCUGCUUUUCACAACAUCGUCACAGGGACCCUGCCUCCUUCCUGUGAUGCCAUCACCAGAGAAGGUGCCUUGCCCUAUGACGUCAUCAGAGGGACCGUGCCUCUUCCUGUGAUGUCAUCACCAGAGAUGACAACUCACUCUGGGACCUCUCCAGGAGGAGAUCACUUCUGCGAUGCUACGUGCUCUGAGACAGGACGAGGAGAUGCCACCGUGUUGUAGAAGGCAGGGCAGGCCCAGAGUCCAGGACCACCCCAGGGCCGAUGUCAGAGAGCAGAGAGGGACCCUGUCCACGGACGUUGUCUGAGGGAAGCACUACUGUGGAGCCGCCCAUGUGGAGGGCAUCCUCCAGAGAUGAUGGUCUGUGUAGGCUGUUGGCAGUGAUCUCCCUGCCCCCAGGGCUGUGAUGGCAUCACCAGAGCUCCCUCCUUAGAGGCACUGCCCACUCUGGAAGGCCGUCGGUAUUGAUGGAGCCACCAGAGUUACUGCCUUGUCCCACCAUGACUUAGCUUGGUCGUUCCCUCCCCAGACCCCAGGGACAUACCCAGCAGGAUCUCUGCCAGACCCGCUGAGGGCAAAUGGGGCUUGGAUCCCAUGCCUGUGCAGUGACUCCUGGGAGACAGAACCUGCGGGUGGCCUUCUGCUCCCAGGAGACCACUCUGGAUCACCAGGAUCCUGGAGUCCUGGCACUCAUAGGUAUCCCUUAGCCUGGCCUCACUCUUCUUUCUGCCAUAUCUAUAGACAAUCACUCUGGCAACAAAGUCCUAGCCUUCUCCUGGGGGAGGUGUUUGCGGUGCACCUAUUCUUGUCCUCACUGACAUUGUCAGCACCACACAACACCCGCUGCUCAUGAUGGCACUGCACCCAGGGUCAAGUGUUACCCAUGUCUGAGGAUGGAAUCCUUCCCCAGGAUUCCCUACAACCCACAACUACAGUAUCAUCCCCUUCCAGAAUUUACCAUGACUAAUGGUAUCGCCAUCUCCCAAGACUCCCCAUAGCCAAUGGUGUCGCCAUCCUCCAUGAUUCCCACAACCAUGGUGUCAUCAACUUUCAGGAUCCACCACAGCUGGUGGUGCCAUCGUCUCCUAGAUCCCACCAUGACCAAUGAUGACAUUACCUUCCAGAAUCCACUAUGCCUGACAGAGACAUUCUCUACUGAAAUCCACUAGGACUGAUGAUGCUACCAUUUCCCAUAAUCCCUCAUGUUGUGAUGUCAUCACCUCCCAUGAUGGAACCAUGGUAUCAUCUCCUCCCGGGAUCCACUCACCCAUGUUGUCAGCACAUCCCAGAAUUCAUAACACCUAAUAGUGUCACGAUUAUCUACAAAGACUCAUGAAAGCCAUGUGUCAUCACCUGCCAGAUCUGCUUUAACCUUGUAUCUUCAUGUCCCAGGAGUUACCGUAGCUAUUGUUAUCAAUUCUCAGGAUCCACUCCAAUCAUGAUGUCAUCACCUCCCAAGACCCACGAUGCCCCAUAGUGUCAUCAUCAUUUGCAAGGAUCCAUGGGAGCCAUGGUGUCAUCAUCUCCGGGAAUCCACUUCAACCAUGUGCCACCACCUCCCAUGAUUUCAUUCAACCAUGUGCCACCACCUCACAGGAUCCAUGAGAGUCAAUGGUGUCAUCUCCUAGGAUCCCCAUAACCCUGGUGUCUUCAUCUCCUGUGAUCCAUGAGAUCCAAUGCUGUCACCGUCCACUAGGAUCCCCAUAACCCUGGUGUCCUCAUCUCCUGUGAUCCAUGAGGUCCAAUGCUGUCACCACCCACUAGGAUUCCCAUAACCCUGGUGUCUUCAUCUUCUGUGAUCCAUGAGGUCCAAUGCUAUCACCAUCCACUAGGAUUCCCAUAACCCUGGUGUCUUCAUCUUCUGUGAUCCAUGAGGUCCAAUGCUAUCACCAUCCACUAGGAUUCCCAUAACCCUGGUGUCCUCAUCUCCUGUGAUCCAUGAGGUCCAAUGCUGUCACCACCCACUAGGAUUCCCCAUAACCCUGGUGUCUUCAUCUCCUGUGAUCCAUGAGAUCCAAUGCUGUCACCGUCCACUAGGAUCCCCCAUAACCCUGGUGUCUUCAUCUUCUGUGAUCCAUGAGGUCCAAUGCUGUCACCAUCCACUAGGAUCCCCCAUAACCCUGGUGUCUUCAUCUCCUGUGAUCCAUGAGGUCCAAUGCUGUCACCGUCCACUAGGAUCCCCAUAACCCUGGUGUCCUCAUCUUCUGUGAUCCAUGAGGUCCAAUGCUGUCACCAUCCACUAGGAUUCCCAUAACCCUGGUGUCUUCAUCUCCUGUGAUCCAUGAGAUCCAAUGCUGUCACCAUCCACUAGGAUCCCCCAUAACCCUGGUGUCAUCCCAGAAUCCACUGCAACCAUGUGCCAUCAUCCCCCAAGCGCCAUCAUCUUAGGAGCCAAGUACCAUGACAAGCUGUAUUUCAGUUUUCCUCUGGAGCCACAUGGUACUUACAGUUGUUCACUUAAGGGGAACCAGCACAAAGGCCCUAUUCCCAUUUCUACAAAGUGGACAGGGGUGGGGCCACAUGCCUCCCUCUGGUGACUUCACCCCCACUCUGGCCCUCCUUAUGUCUCUGCCUCACUCCUGACCAAGGAUGAUGCCUGAAUCAACCCCACCACAGAUGUGGCCUCAGCCAGCCUCACCUCGGCCCCCAGGCCCCUCCUGACAGCAUCUCUGUUCCUCACCCAGCCAACUGAUUGGUGACAGGGUCCACCCAGCAACCUCUCAUCAGCAGAGGGGGAGCAUUCCAACCCUCGGGUGACACCACUACCCCCUGCCAAUCCCUGUCACCUGGGCCCCUACUAGGAUCAGCACUUCCCUGGCUCCUGCCAAAUUCUCCUCAGAGACCCCUGAUCCCCACGGGACGGGCCAAAGCUGGCGACCGACCUGGGCCCUUCCAUGCUGUUCUGCUGGCCUGAUCCUGCAGCAGGACACUGCAGAGCAACAGUCCCUGCCAGCACAUCUGCCAGGGCCAGGGUGCUCCUUCACCUCCCUCCCUAACGCCCUGACACCCCCAGAGCCUCCAGGGGCGGCAGGAAGUCCCCAGCACCCAAUGCACAAUCUGCCCUGGAUUCUCUUUGUACAUAGCCAUGUUGCGGGGGCGGCCAUUUCCCCAUUCUUAAAGGGCUACAAGCCCCUCCCCCAGCCCCCAGGGCGAGGUGGGGGGGGCCUCUUCUUCCUCCCCUGGGCCGUCCCCCUCCCUCCUAUGUCUCCCCUCAAACACUGGCACCUCACGCUCCUUCUGGUCAGGAGCUUGGGGCAGAAAGGUGGCCCUUGGCUCCCACCACACUGAGGAAAUGGUGGGGGUUACCCAAAUCUACCUAGGCCCCAGUGCCAGUUUUUCAGCCCCACCGCUUCUAGCUGCUCUGAGGGGCUCCUCCCAUCCCUUCCGGGGCCUAAAGGAGCCAGCUGGAGCACCCGCCCCUCCCAGUCCCUCCCCUCUGCUCAACACCUCCACAGAACACUCAGCUUUCUCCAGCCCCCAGGAUUUGGGGAUUUGGGCCUUUCAGCUUUUGUAUGCCCCCCUUCACUAGCUCGAGCCCAGCCUGGUUCCAGGAAUCCUGCCCCCAGCCCUGUCCCCAUUCAGUCAGCACAGGCUGCCUGACGCUGGGGCCUUGAUUUGCUCUCGAAUAAGCCAUAGAGGGGAGAGGUCUCGAGGGGUGGGAGCAGCUGUGUACUGCCGAUUCCCCUCCACACUUCCUUAGCUGGGGUCCCAACAGCUGAGUCUUCCCCAUUCCCCAACAAAUGCACACAAACCCAUGCAUACACGCAUGCACACACGCACACACACACAUACACACUCACACACACAGAGGCAUCUCCCCUUCUGGUUGGCGGAGCUAGGGAGGGGCGGUUCCCCAGGAGAAGAUAAACAGUUCCACACCCGAAGACCCUCCAACAGCUUCUUCCUCCCUCCUCAUCCCUUCCUCUCUCCACUCCCCUCUCCAACACUGGCCCCUUCCCCUCCCCCUGGUGAGGACAGCCAGAGUUGCUGCGACUUGGUAUUUUUUGGAAUAAAUAGACAUUUUCCUGA